AAGAAGUUGAAGAACCUAACUAUGGAGGAAGUUUAAGGAUAUUUUGUACAUGGGUCUGCGGGGCUAGCUACCUAGCCUUAUUUAGUAAUCUUUGAAAGGAAGAACAGAAGGUAGAAUAGUGACCAAACUGUUCCCAAGGAUGGCAGGCGAGUUCCCAAAUCCCGAGAUGUCUAACCCUGCCGAUUGCGAGGAUACUAUUCCGUAUGGUGGCUUGUACUGCCCCAUUUGCGCCAACUUCAUUCUUAUCCCGGUUACGUAUAAAUGUGGCCACAUCUUCUGCUUGGACUGUGUGAAGAAGUUGUGGGACACUAAUGAGGAUCCCUAUUGUCCACGGUGUAUGGAAAAGUGCCAGGACAAGAAGUGCUCUGUUAAUUUGCUGCCUGUAACCGAAGGUGCGCACUUCCAUGCGGACGCCAGUGUUUUGGUCUCGGGGCACCCAAGUAGUGGUAUGUGGCCCGGGAAACAGGAGGACAGUAACUUGGAUAGACCUCGUCAGGGAUCUUGGACUGAAGACAACUGUUUUAUCACAAACAAUGGAGCAAAACAGACUGAAGAACUAGCAUGUGUGGAUUCGAUGGAGGAGGUGUUUUCAUUUAUGUCUCUGGGGUAUAAACUGCCAAACAAUGAAGAAUUCUCUGCUGUUUCUUCACUAAUGGACAGAGAUGAAAAGGAUGAUGCAGAAGUUGAUGAAGACAUUUAUUGUGACAAAGAAGACAAUACACCUGCACAGAAUAGUGGUUUACAAGACAAUGCCAAUGCAGCACAGAAAUGUGAAUCUAUGAGUGAUACAAUCUCAGAGAAGUGCACAUGGGACGAUCAUGCUAGGGAAGUUUUAACACAAGUGGGGUUAAUUCAGUUCUGUAAAAGAAGUCUUUCACUGAGGAAUAUGCUAGAAAUUAGUGCAGAAACUUUGGAUGGGAGUGCACCAAAAUCCUUAGAAAACGUUCCCUGGUACUUUCUUAGAAAGGUAUUGAGAUCAGAUUCCAGUGCAGUCAACAUAAAAUGUAACUCUGAUGAUAUAGUAAGAAAUGAAAUGCAGGAGCUGGAAUCUGAUGACAUUUUCACAACUUCUACCUACUCAGCAGUUCCUUGGAUUCACCCAUUAGAUGUAAUUGUGUCAGUGUUUCUCUGUUCAGAUGCUGUGUUACAGCAGGAGCUCAUGGUAAAAAUGGUUUCAUGUCAGUUCGCAUUACCACUUUUACUGCCUACAUGGAACAACAGUUGUACCUUCCUCCUGUGGGCACUGCGCUCAGUUAUAAAGAAGUGGCACCCCAAAGGAGAGCAGGACAACAGUGGGUUCCAGGAAGAACAUGUAGUUUCAAUGAAAAUUCCAACUUUCUCAUUUCUAAGAGUAGGUAAUAUCACUGUGUCAAAGUCUAAAACACUGAAUGACAUCCUCAGCAACAAACAGCAAUAUCAGAACUUCUUCCUCCAUCACCAGAUGGAUUGUGCAAAUAUAUCUAAGAAAAUUUCCAAUGGUUUUGCAGAAAUAUCUUGGUAUCUGCCAUGUGCCUCUGAAAAUACUGAUGUUUUUACAGACCCAUUUCAAGUAAUUAAUCUCCGUGGUGAUGCCAUCAAAGCACCAGAACAGGUUGAAUUUUUAACACUAGUGUCAUCUGCGGUCUUUGUGUUUCUCUCUGAUAUCACAGCUAUGAAGCUUCAGUACUUACAAAAAAUAGCAAAAAACAAGGCACAAAUCUAUCUUGUAUUAACUUCAGAUGUUACAACACAAAAUGCAAAGGACUUACUAAUAUCAUUUACACAAAAGUUUAAUUUGUACAAAAAACACAUUAUUAUCAAAAGCCAACAAAUUAAUGAUUCUGACUUUACAACAAAACUUUGUCUCAGACUACAGUCUGCUCUUGGUCAGUGUGACUGCGCAAACAUAUUAUGUCUAGAAGAAAUGAUUUCUGUUUCACAUCAAUGUGGGAUUCAUGUAGAUGAGGAUAAUGAACAAAUUCAGCUUACAAAGAGCUUUUCUGAAGACAUUACUGAUCUUAUGAAAUGUGAUGAUAUCCAACAUUUCAAAUGUAACAGCUUCAAAUUUCAAGGUGAAACCUGCAAGAAAUUAUCAGAAAUUGAAAAGGAGCAAAGUCGUUUAAAAAAAUGUUCAGAGUGUGUGGUAUUGUAUGUUCUUAAGUUAGAAGAACAAAAAAGUCAGUUAAGGCAGUCUGUGUUUAAAAAAGGACUUCCUGACAUUAUGAAAAGCUUCAUUCAGAAAUUGACUGAUUUAUCUGGAACUGAAAGAGAACUUUUCCUUCAGUGGCUGAAACAAAAGUUAGAUUCUGCAUCUCGAACUAGAAUGUUUGCUUUAAAAUCUCAGUACAGAAAUACAUACAACGCAUUAAUUAAUACAAAAACCCCGGCAGAAAGAGAACAAAAACAGGCAGUACUUAAACAGAUUAAUAAUAAACUCAGUACUGUCUCACUUGGACUAGAGCAUUUCAUGCGUGAAUUGGGGCAGAUUUAUGAAACUCUAAGAGCAGAAAACAAUGAAUCAUUUCAGGGAAUCCCCCCAAUUAAUACAUUACCACAUAAGGCUGCAGAAUUAUUGUUAGAAGGUUUACCGCUGGAACUUCUUGAUGGAGAUGCUGGUACUAUACCAAUACAUUGGGUAACAGCUGUUCUAAACCAAGUUUCUACACUUGUAGGAGAAGAUAAACAUGUAUUUGUACUGACAGUAUUAGGCGUACAAAGCACUGGGAAGUCAACUUUGCUGAACACAAUGUUUGGGUUGCAGUUUGCUGUGGGCAGUGGGAGAUGUACAAAAGGCGCAUUUAUGCAGUUGAUUAAAAUCACAAGUAGCUUACAAUCACAGCUUGGCUAUGAUUUCCUCAUGAUUAUCGAUACUGAAGGAUUAAAAGCCCCUGAGUUACAGAGCUUAACAGAUGCUUAUGAACAUGACAAUGAACUGGCAACGCUAGUCAUUGGAUUAAGUGAUAUGACCUUGCUGAAUAUGUCCAUGGAACAUUCUGCAGAAAUGAAAGACAUAUUGCAAAUUGUUCUGCAUGCCUUUAUUAGAAUGAAGGAGGUUGGGAAGAAGCCCAUCUGUGUCUUUGUCCAUCAGAAUAUUGGUGACAUAUCAGCUUACAAUCAGAAUCUGGUGGGUCACAAACUUCUUAUGGACCAGUUAGAUGAAAUUACAAGAGCUGCAGCAAGAAUGGAAAAAUGUGAAGACAAAUUCAACAAACUUAGUGAUGUUGUAACAUUUGACCCCAAGACAUCAAAGGGCUAUAUCGCAAGCCUUUGGCAUGGUUGUGGUCCCAUGGCAUCUGUUAGUAGAGGAUACAGUACCAGUGUAUUUGAGCUGAAAAAGUCUUUAUUUCAGACCAUUCAGACAUGCAGUAAAUACAAGAAAACAUUUUCUGACUUCUCCAUGUUGAUACAGGACACAUGGAGUGCAGUGAAAAUGGAAAACUUCAUAUUUAGUUUUAAAAACAGCUUGGUAGCCGAGGCAUACCAUCACCUUACAUUUGAGUUUGUUAAAUGGGAUUGGGAAAUGAGAAGAGCUGUGCAGGAGUGGGUAAUCCAAGCGGAAAAUAAAACUGAAUCAUCUGAAACCGACAUUUGUAAUUCAUUAAAAACAGAACUCAGAAUGUUUAUUACAGAAAGACAGGCUAUAGUACUCAAGAAUCUGGAAGAGUAUUUUACUGAUAACCCAGAAAGGUCAAAGCUUCUUAUAGAAUACAAACAAAGGUUUAUUAACAGUAUUCAAAGUCUUGGGAAAGACUUACUUCUUUUUGCCACAGAUAGGUGCCAAGAUGCAGAUCGUAGAAUCAAAAGCUUAAAAGAAAUCAAUAAUCUGAAACUAGGUUACACCAAGAAACUUGAAAAUGGCAUUUUUAAACUGUUGAAGAAAUGUAAACAAUGUAAAGAUAAGCUAAAUGAUGAUGACUUGUUAUUUUAUUUUAACACAAUGUGGUAUAAAGAAACUCGUUCUAUUCCUCUUCCUCUGACAAAGAGUUUUGACAUUGAGGCAGAUAUGGAGAACAGUCUGAGGGAGCACAUGCCUACAAUGUCAGCUGGUAUAAACAAAACAAUAAAAGAAGUAAAAGGCGACUGGAACCUCUUGAAAAGUAUGAAAGAUUUUAUAACAAACACAUUCAAUGGAUUUAAUGAUCAUUUCAGGAAUGAAACAGAUGAGCAAAUGGCCAAAAAUAAAGCUGCCUUUGUAGAGGAGCAGUGCAAUAUUUUUAUAGAAAACAUUGUGACACAAGACAGGGAUUAUUACCCCACUGACUGGUUUGCAAUUUUAAGGUAUGUGGAUGAAAAUAUUAUAAAACUGCAAACAGACAGGUUUUCAUAUUCAUCCGAAUUUCUCCUGGAGUUCAAGCUGCAUGUAUGUGCUUCUGCACUCCCAAAAUUAAAGGAUAUGCACAAGAAAUUUUCUGAAAAAUAUGACCCUCAGAAGCUGCUCACUAGAGAAAGAGACAAUUAUUUUUGUCUGUUUAAGGAACUGUACAAAACUAAUGAUGCAAGUCAAACAAUGGCUGGAACAUUUUCUGAAAAUGUUCUGAAACCAGGAAUUGUCAAAGCAAUAGAGAAAAAGCUAGGCUCUGACAUUGUUCAUGACAUGAAAAACAAUUAUUCUGGUGGGGAAUUUAAAACUAGAAUGAAUUUUCAUGUUGCAAUUAUGCACGAGUUGUACAUUAAAAAUAAUUUUAAAAUUUACUGUAAUUACAUUAACAGUGGUACUUUGUUUGAACAGAUGUGGCUACAUGACAAAAUAAUUCAGCAUUGUAUGAAACAAAAUAAUGGGCACACCAGACUUUCUGAACUGGCCAGAGAUAAUUUGAAAAUGUUAGUUAACAUGCUGAGGAAAGAGAUUGAUAAUGCCAGAGUUAAAUGUGAAACAACAGUGGAAUUUUUCAAGGAAGUACAGAAAAGCAUUGAAAGUCAUCUAGUUAUAUCCUCAGCUAGAGGCACAUUUGCAUCCCAGACCAAUCUGCAGAGCUUUUGUAAAUAUUUAGAUGACAGUAUUGAUAAAAUUGAAAAAGACAUAGAAAUGGAAAUUGAACAGUGGGAAGUUGCUACAAAAAUAACAUCCCUCCCCUCCUCACCCACUGCUCUGUUUUAUGAAACCUUAGCAGGAUGUGGAACUUGCUGCUUCUGGUGUGGGGCCCCCUGUGAGUGCAGUGAACCUGGUCACAUGACUCACAGUGCUAACUACCACAGACCAUCUGGAGUUAAUGGAUGUACUUUGGAAAAGUCAAAUAAGUUAAGUGCUGAAAUCUGUACCUCACUUGUUGCAAGUGGUAAACGGUUUAAGAAUAAAGAUACUAAAUGGAAAUGGGUUCGUAUCAAAGGCUAUAAAUCAGUUAAUGAUUACUAUAAAUCCUGGAAUAUUACACCAGACACAAGUUUGAAAGGGUCAGCUUACUGGAAGGCUGUGUUCUACAAAUAUAAUGAACUGUUUGCUACAGAGUACAAAUGCUUACCUGCUGAUGUUCCACCUGAGUGGAAUUUUACAUGGACGGAUGUCUGCAGAGGUAUUGAGGAGGCUUACAAUGUAAAUUUGGACAGUCUGUGGGGCAAAUAGCAAAUGUGGACUAGGAAAUAGGAUGACAGAAUAAAUAAAAUGUGUUGAAAGAAUCAUACCAAAUCAAAUGUGGUAACUCUGUAGCAUAAUGGAAAAUAAAAAUGAUCUGUUUCCCAUUUAUUGGACAGCAAAGAACAACAACAAAAAAAAACAUGUUUAGUAAUUUGAUUCAAGUUUGAACUUCAAUAUAUUAGAAUUUUAUUUACAGUUUUUGCAUGCAUAGUUUUAUGAGUUGCAUAUAUGACAAGAGCAUCUGUAUGUCUCCACAAAAUGUAAUGUUUUUAAAGUACUUUAAUAAAAAUCAAAAUAAAGUAAUGAAUAUAAGAAGUGAUGCCAAUCACCGUUAAUUUCCAUGCAGCAGAACACUGUAAGUUAACAUUAUUAAUUUGUUAAAUCAAAGAAGUAUGCUGUUUAUUUCAUCUGACCUGUAGAACUUUGAAAAUGUGUUGUAUACUAUCUUCUAUAAAUAUGUUUCAGGGUAAAAUUUAAGUAGCCUAAACUAUGAAGUAUCACAUAGGCUUUAUGCUUAUAUGAAAUAUUUUGUUACUUUGUCUACAUAAAGGACUGUCUCUGUUAAAAAAUCACUAGGGAUUGUGAGGGCCAUUAUCUUUCUCCAGGCCUCUGGGUUUAAUUUCUCCAAAUCUUUUAGGUUUCUAAUACCAUGAAGGAAAUGGACCCCAUUCCUAAGUCCAGGAUAAUUAAAGUACAUGAAAUUAAUAUUGGUUCAUCUUUGAUGUUAGCCAAAGUGCUCUUUUAAGCAUCCGUAAUGUGCCACAAUUGACUCAUUCGACAAUUCAUAUGGAGACAUAUGUAUUGGUAGCAUAUGUAAAUACAAUUGUAAAUUAUUUUUUAUAAGCUCUAUUGCUUUUACUAAUAUUGGAACUUUACAGAUAUCUUUCUUUCACAUUGCUGUCAUUUCUGCCUUCAAAUCCUGAUAUUUUGUGAC